GCUGGGGGCGGAGAGGUGGGGCGUGGCCGCGGAGGCGGGUCCUCCUGGCGGCGGCGGCGGCGGCAGCUUUAUUAGCGCGCAGGGCAGGUCCGCUCCGCACGUGAGGAGGCGGCCGGGAGCAGGAGGCGGUGGGGACGCUUGCGGCGCUCUCUCGCACGCUGCCCGCAUUGCACUGACGAAGGGGCUUCCCCCGGCAAGGCUGCUGAGUCGAGCCUCCAGGCGGAGUCGCGCCCCCGCUCUCCGCCUCUUCCACCUCCGCCUCCGUCUCCUGCCGCUGCCCUGGCUUUCCCCGCCCCUCGCCUCAGCUCUGCCCGCCGCCUCCGCCGGCUCCUCAGCCAGCCCCAGGAGCUGCCCUGCAAAAGGCGCGCGCGCUGCUGCUGCUGCUGCUGCUGCUGCUGCUGCGACCAGGGAAGCCAGCCCGCUGCUGGACUGUGCAACGCGCCGCGCCAGAGCAAGGAAUCCCGCCCCCCCGCCCCGCGCGCCCGUUUAAAUUAUUGGUGCUUUCUCCCCUCUUCCUUAACUUGGGGGGCGGUUUAAUCCCUUUGGGGGGGCUGUGGUGCCUUUAAGAGUCUGCCCUCCCCACUCCUCCCUUCUCUCUCUCUCGCAAGAAAGUCACUCCGGGAUGGUUCUCCUGUCACUGUGCUUAAUAGCAGCCGCUUUGAUGCAGUUGAGGACUUCAGCUGAUGGACAAGCUUUUAAAGAAGAGAGUAUUCAAAGAGAAACAUCAAAACACAAACAAAAGCAGCAUGUUUUAGCAAUCCCGGUUCGCACUGAUGCAGAUGGAAGUUACAUCUCCAAUGUUGUUUCUGCAAGCUAUUCAAGACGAUCCAGAAGGGACAUAUUCUCAAGCCCUGAACACCUGUAUUUUAAUGUGUCAGCCUUUGGAAGGGAAUUCCAUCUUAGACUGAGACCAAACACCCGCCUAGUCGCUCCUGGGGCAGUGGCGGAGUGGCACGAAGAUGCAGUGGAACCCAGAAACGGAACCGACAGUGUUAACCUGAGUUGGACUGGGAAUGUUGCAGACAGAAUAUGGAAAAAGGAAUCUCUCUGGACCAACUGUGCUUAUGUCGGAGAGCUUGUGGAUAUCCCCGGAGCAUCAGUCGCUGUUAGCAAUUGUGAUGGUCUGGCUGGAAUGAUAAGAACGGGUGGAGAUGAAUUUUUCAUUGAACCACUGGAGAAAGGGAAACAAAUGGAAGAAGAGAGAGGGAGGAUUCACGUGGUCUACAAGAGGUCAGCAAUUGCACAAGGUCCAACGGAUAUUCUCCAUGAUGUCCACAGAGAAGAACCAGACCUUGGAGGCCUUCGGAGUCUAGACUCUGCUCAUGCAAGCAUAGCGCAGCAGCUGAAUGAGAGUCUCAGGCAGCGCAGGCACGCUGGCGACAGUGACUACAACAUCGAAGUGCUCCUCGGAGUGGAUGACUCCGUCGUCCGAUUCCACGGCAAAGAACACGUGCAGAACUACCUCCUCACCCUGAUGAAUAUAGUGAAUGAGAUUUACCAUGAUGAAUCUUUAGGAGUCCACAUAAAUGUUGUGCUGGUUCGUAUGAUGAUGUUGGGCUAUACCAAGUCUAUCAGUCUCAUUGAGCGAGGAAACCCAUCAAGGAGCCUAGAGAAUGUGUGCCGUUGGGCAUACCAGCAACAGAGAGCAGACCCCAGCCAUUCUGAGCACCACGACCAUGCCAUCUUUCUAACCAGGCAAGAUUUUGGACCAGCUGGAAUGCAAGGAUACGCUCCUGUCACAGGCAUGUGUCACCCUGUCAGAAGCUGCACUCUUAACCAUGAAGAUGGAUUUUCUUCAGCUUUUGUGGUUGCCCAUGAAACUGGUCAUGUGCUAGGAAUGGAACACGACGGACAAGGGAACAGGUGUGGGGAUGAGACUGCCAUGGGGAGUGUCAUGGCUCCAUUGGUGCAGGCAGCUUUCCACCGAUACCAUUGGUCCCGGUGCAGUGGCCAGGAACUCAAACGAUAUAUACACUCUUAUGACUGCCUCCUGGAUGACCCCUUUGAACAUGAUUGGCCCAAACUUCCUGAGCUGCCGGGGAUCAAUUAUUCCAUGGAUGAACAGUGCCGUUUUGAUUUUGGAGUGGGCUAUAAAAUGUGCACGGCGUUCCGAACAUUUGACCCUUGUAAGCAGUUGUGGUGCAGCCAUCCAGACAACCCCUACUUCUGCAAGACAAAGAAGGGACCUCCGCUUGAUGGGACAGAAUGUGCCCCUAGCAAAUGGUGCUAUAAAGGUCACUGUAUGUGGAAGAAUACAAACCAGCUGAAGCAAGAUGGCAACUGGGGGGCCUGGACGAAAUUUGGCUCCUGCUCACGAACGUGUGGGACUGGUGUCCGCUUCAGAACACGGCAGUGCAACAAUCCCAUGCCAAUGAAUGGAGGUCAGGACUGUGCUGGGGUCAACUUUGAAUACCAGUUGUGCAGCAUGGAAGAAUGUCCAAAGCUUUAUGAAGACUUCCGAGCCCAGCAGUGUCAGCAGCGCAACUCACAUUUUGAACACCAGAGCAGCAAACACCACUGGCUGCCCUAUGAGCAUCCUGACGCUACCAAGAGGUGCCAACUUUACUGCCAAUCCAGAGAGACGGGAGAUGUUGCCUAUAUGAAGCAGCUGACUCACGAUGGAACUCGCUGUUCGUACAAAGACCCGUUCAGCAUUUGUGUGCGUGGGGAGUGUGUGAAAGUGGGCUGUGACAAGGAAAUCGGGUCCAACAAAGCUGAAGACAAGUGUGGAGUAUGCGGGGGAGAUAACUCUCACUGCCGGACAGUAAAAGGGACCUUCACUCGAACUCCUAAGAAGGCUGGGAAACAAUUGAGCAAGAGGUGCCAAAAUGAACUCAAGUUUCUGGAAAAUGAAAUCUGGAAGACGAGAGGCGCGUUCACUUUGCCUAAAGGAGCUCGCGAAGUUUCUGUUUCUGAAAACAAAGACUCUAAAAAUAUCCUGGGGUACCUUAAGAUGUUUGACAUCCCACCAGGUGCUAGACAUGUGUCGGUCCAAGAAGACGAGGCUUCUCCUCACAUUCUUGCUGUUAAGAACCAAGCAACAGGCCACUAUAUUCUGAACAGCAAAGGGGAGGGAUCCAGCUCUCGUUCCUUCAUUGACCUGGGCAUCGAGUGGGAGUACCACAUAGAAGAUGAAAUUGAAACUCUUCAUACAGAUGGGCCUUUGCAUGAUGCAGUUGUUGUGCUGAUCAUUCCUCAGGACAAUGACACCGAAUCUAGCCUGACUUACAAAUAUAUAAUCCAUGAGGAUUCAGUACCUAAUGUCAAUAGCAACAACGUACUUCAAGAGGAGCUCGACACAUUUGAGUGGGCUUUGAAGAGUUGGUCUCAAUGUUCCAAGCCUUGUGGAGGAGGUUUCCAGUACACUAAAUAUGGGUGCCGUAGGAAGAGUGAUGGCAAAAUGGUUCACCGCAGCUUCUGUGAAGCCAGCAAGAAGCCAAAGCCCAUCCGCAGGAUGUGCAACCUUCAGGAAUGCACACAGCCAUUCUGGGUCACAGAAGAAUGGGAGCACUGCACCAAAACCUGUGGGGUUUCCGGUUAUCAGAUCCGAACGGUGCGUUGCAUUCAGCCGCUUCACGAUGGGGCGAACCGCUCAGUCCAUUUCAAGUACUGCAGCGGGGAUCGGCCUGAGAGCCGUAGGCACUGUAACAGGACUCCAUGCCCUGCUCAGUGGAAAACCUGGCCCUGGAGUCCGUGUUCUGUGACCUGUGGUGAGGGAACUGAAUCCAGGCAGGUCUUAUGUCGUGCUGGCGACCAGUGUGAUGGAGAAAAGCCAGAAUCCUUGAGGGUUUGCAAGCUUGCUCCCUGUAAUGAUGAACCUUGCCUGGGAGACAAGUCUAUCUUCUGCCAGAUGGAGGUGCUUGCUCGCUACUGCUCCAUCCCAGGCUACAAAAAGCUGUGCUGUGAAUCUUGCAGCAAACGUAGCAGCACUCUCCCACCCGCUUUCCUAAGCGAAGCCGCAGAAACCGCAGAAGAGGACAUGAUUGCCAACCCUGGCCACCCACCCAAGACUUGGGUAGCUCCGACUUCUUUAGUCCCUCUUCGCUCUGAGACCAUCCCGGAGAGACGAGGUUCCUUGGGCAGGAUGUCCUCUAUAGAGAAAGACUCACAUGCACUUACUCCUCAAACCUACGGCAGGGCCAGAGUGGCUGACCCAGCCCAGAGGAGAGUUCAGAACCAAGCAAGGAAUAAGACUUCCAGGCCCAUUACAGUGCCCUCUCAACUGCCUACUAAAAGUGGACAUCUUGUGAUUCACAAUUCUUCAGCCUUGUUAGAUAUUGGUCCUGCUGUGGCAUAUAACCAUAGUUCAGCUGGUGUCCCUGCUCCACACAGAACCUCAAGGAAGACUGAGAAGCCAGUUGACCGGCCGCAGCCUCCGAGGCCUUCCACUGUGGAGAGAUGAAACAUAGAGCAAAAAAGGAGUGGGGGGAGGGAGUUCCCAGGAGUGGAACAUUUGUCUCAUUACUUUGCUCCAGGUACCACGGUGCAUGCAAACUCUCCAGAUGCAAGACCCUUGAGAGGUCAUCGGCUCUAAAGAAGACACAAGUGCGGGCUCACUUUCCAGUGGCUUCCCUCCUCCUCCUCCUCCUCCCACCACCCCCGAAUAUCUGAUUCUCUUGGGUGCUUUGAAGGGAAACACCAAAGCUACAUGAUCAAGAAAGCAAGGAAAUUGGUGUUGCACAUCAACUGCUCUCCCCCCGCCCCUGCCCCCUGGCCACAAGUCACUGAAAAAAGAAAGGAAUUGUGUUUUCCUCCAGAGUGAGGAGGGGGAAGGCAGCCAGAUGUACCAAAGUUUACACUUGGAUGAAAUGUGUUGUUGUUUUUUACUGUGGAACAAUGGAGUCCAUAGGAAUUGUAUUGCUAAUUUAUCUCUAUAAACAAAUGAUAUAAUGAGAUUCAGGUUUGCAGCUGUUGUGUACAUAGUGUAUAUUAUUGGGAAAAGUCAGUAUUAUUUUUCAGAGUUUUGUGUUGCUCAGCCAUUUGUUUACAGACCUUUGCAUUUCAGGAUCAUGUUUAGGUGCCUACCAUUCAGUUCUGCCUUAUUUCCAUUCCAUGAACAUCUUCAUUGGCUGGGGUCGAACAAGCCCACUGAACAUGCUUGUGUGCUUCGAUGCAUGGGGUCUAGUGCUUCUCUGCAUCCAUGGGGGCUUUGGGGGUUUCUUACUCCCCUUCAGCGCUUUCCGAACUGCUCCAGAAUGCUCACAGACUUUACACAAGGGCAGCCCUGCUGGAUCUGAAGUUGCUUUUCAGGGGGCACAAAGUACUGCAAUGAGGAGCAGAGGGGUGUGAGUCAGAAGCCCCCAAAUGCCAGUGGAAAGUCUGCCUACAGCUCUUUGGAUCCCAGUGACUAGCAUUUUCGUGACAGAUAAUCUCCCAUUUGUAUGUCCUUCCGAGGGCAUUUGGGUUUAAUCUCAGCCAUGCAACGCACAGCUUGGGAAGUGAGGAAGUACAAAAUGUACAAGGCUUGAGGUGAUUCAUUUGCGCCGCUUAGGGCAAUGUUCAGGGUUGCUGAAAUGUACUGAAAGCUAAGGGGAAACUAACUCUGUACCUCUGAGAAAACCACCCAGGCUAAUGCUCCAGCCUAUACUUAAUGGGGCUCCACAGAGAUCUAGAUUAGCAGUGCCUUCUUCUUUUGCCUGACGCUUUGCCUCCGUCAGCGCUGUCCAGAGGGUGUCUGGUACGUGGGAUAUGCAGAAGGCCUACAUCAUUGUCACUGCAGUACAAGUUUCACUGCCAAUCCCAUAACCAGCCAGUCACCAGCAGAUACCAUGUGCAGUGUUUAACAUGUCUUGCAGAGUUCCACAGGUGUUUUGCACCCUGCAGCAUCUCCCAAGUGCAAGUUGUGCUAGAGUGUGUGUUGCACAAUUGCUGGAAUUGCACAAGAGAAUUGCACAGUUGCACAGCCAUUAUUUCCAGUGGCGGUGCAAUUGUGAAAUUCUCUUGCACAGUUUCAACCUUUGUGCAGCAUGCACAGCAGUGCUCCUGGUGUGCAAAACACCUGUAGAAGAACACUGUGCAUAGUGUGUGAGCCACUGCCAGCACCAGUGACACCAAUACUGGGUUGCCCCACACCAUGUUGAAUCUCUUUGCAAACAGGUAAGUUUAUCCCCCUGCAGCACGCAAAGCAGCAGAUGUAAUCAGAGCCUGAGGCUGAGAACCUAGUGCAAAAGCUGAAGAAGCUAAACAGGGGCAUCCCACCAGGACCUAUUAGUAGUGCGUCUCAUUGAAAUGAAUGGGAGUUGUGUAAAACUGUAUGGGGAGAGGAACAUAUCUCCCUAACAAACAGAGGCACAUGGUCCGCAAGCACAUGAUGCAGAAUAUCCUAAGACUAAGUAGGGCUGGGCUGGUCAGUGCCUGAAUGGACGUCUGUGGAAACCCCACAUAUGCUGCCUUAGGUUUCAUGGAAGAAAGGUGGGAUAGCAGAGUAAAUAAUUAAAAUGUUUUGCAUGCAAAAGGUCCCAGUUCAAUCCUUGGCACUCCUAGUUAGAAGAUCUCCGCUAAUGGGGUUGGAAAAGACCUCUGCUUGAGAUCAAUGAAUCUGGGGACUCAACAUAGGAAAUUGCCAUAUACUGAGUCAGACCAUUGGUCUAUCUAGCUCAGUAUUGUCUUCACAGACUGGCAGCGGCUUCUCCAAGGUUGCAGGCAGGAGUCUCUCUCAGCCCUAUCUUGGAGAAGCUGCCAGGGAGGGAACUUGAAACCUUCUGCUCUUCCCAGAGCGGCUUCAUCCCCUGAGGGGAAUAUCUUGCCGUGCUCACACAUCAAGUUUCCCAUUCAAAUGCAACCAGGGCAGACUCUGCUUAGCUAUGGGGACAAGUCAUGCUUGCUACCACAAGACCAGCUCUCCUCUCUCCUCACUGCCAGUCAGGGUAGGCAAUGCUGAGCUAGAGGGACUGGUGAUCUGAGCCAGUCUACGGCAGCUACGUGUGCUCACACAAGGAACUGGCUUUAUACAAAACCACACUGGGCAAUUCCUAUUCUUUUCAGUAGGGCGCAAGAGACCCUCCUGCUUGUUGUAUUGUACCCAUUGAAUAUGGCAGAAGUACUGUAAUGUUCAUGAGGAUAAGGCAACAUUUUUUAAUUUCUAAAUGGCCUGUUUGUCAUUUGUCGAGCCAAAGAGCAUCUCCCAACUAGAGUAGGCACAGCUGAUGACAGGUAGAUGUGGCAAGGGCCGAAAAUGAACUUUGGUUUCUAAUCAAGUCCAAGAUGAGAGAGGACUUUGAUUCUGGUGGUGUGUCAAUCAGUCAUUAGCCAUGUCCGUCACUAUCCAACUUGUCCACCAUUUCUGUCUGGCAAGCUCUCUCUCUCUCUCUUCUGGAUUUUGCUGUAAAAUACUUGUAUAUAGGAAUGAAAAAUAAAGCUAUUUAUUAAAAGUU